CGUUACGAUGUUUCGAAUUGCAGACUUUGUGUUUUUGUUUUAUUUCGUAUCACACAUCCCUAUCACCAUUUUGUUUGAUUCACAAGUGAUAUUUCCAUCAUGGAUUUAUCCCAAAAUGCUGGUGGAUGUGAAGAACAACUAUUGUGAGAGUUUUAAAGAUGUCCUGAUGGCUGACCCCCCUCCUUGGUUUAAAUCCUUUUGCCUGUGUGAAAUCCUUGUACAGUUUCCUUUUUUCUUUGUGGCAACAUAUGCUCUAUGGAAAGGUGUACAAAAUUGUCAGUGGAUACGAGUGCCAUUUAUUGUGUAUUCCACUCAUGUUGCCACGACAACCAUAGCCAUCUGCUUUCACAUUCUGAUGGAGUCCUUUAACCAUCCAAAAUAUCCAGGGCCGGAUACUCUCAAGGAGAGACUUUCAUUGCUGGCCGUGUAUGCUCCUUACCUCAUCGUACCGUUCCUGAUGCUUCUGGACUCGCUCUUUAGUGGAGUGUAUACAAAGAAAGUGAAAAGGUCCUAGAGCCUGACAGUCAAUAUAAUUCUGAUACGGGGGACAUCUUGUAUUUACUGAUUUGCCUGUAAAAUCAACUGCCAGUAGUUGUAACUUUUUUUCAUAAUGUGAACAUCAAUUGAAUUGAACAAUAUACUAGUAUACUAUUCAGCUUAUGUUAUCUACUUGGUAUUCCAUUACAAUAAUAUAAGAGAAAAAUUUUA